GCAAUAUGUCUAACAUGAAAGCCACCAGUCAACCAGGGAACGUCGUCCCUUCAGAAUAUAUUCAGGCGCACAACACCCAGGCUUCGCACGACACCACCGCUGCUAGGGCUCAGGCAGAGGCACAGAACAUUUCAGAGGCAGCCAACAUUAGCCAGAAUGCUUCCCGCGAACAACAUGCCGCCCAGGAGGCUGCUCGACAUGCACAGGAGCUGGGAACGAAGCUCACGGGUAACCCGGAGGGAGAUGCUGACAGCGCCGGCAUCAAGAAGUCUUUGAACACCACUUCUGUUUCAAUUGGCCAGAACUACUCGAGUCAGCAAAAAGACAGGUCUCAAGCAGUGUCGGGAGACCAGCAGUCCGAGAACACUGGAAUCCUUGGCUCCAUCCAAAGUACUGCCUCUGCCGCCCUCAACAUGCCUGGAGAGAUGCUUCAGGGGAUCAAGAACACUGUAACGUCUACCGUCGAGACUGCCGAGGGCUACCUCGGAAUGGGAACAAAGCCGGGUGAGCCACCCGUCAAGGCACCUGCAGAGUCGGGUAUCCCAUCGACAGGUUCCGGCGGGCCUGAGCGUACCUCAGCGAGAAAUUAAUUGUCCCCAUUAGUUUAAUACCCUCUGUGUUUACACCCUCUGUAUUAUUACCUGCCCAUCUGUAUUAGUAGAUCUCUGAAGUUUCUAUUUAAUCAUUCUUAUCAUGUCG